GAGCACCUACAGAUGCUUUGGCUCUCACAAACACAGUUCCUACUUGUGGUCACUGCCUAGUGAUCUGCUUGAGUUUUCAAUCCCACGGGCCACUAAUGGUGAUACCAGGAGGCAAGUGAAAUAUAAGAGGGCCAGCCCAGCCAUGAACAUGGAGGAAAAACAUAAAUACGGUGACUUGGAGGGCAUUCCGCCUGAGGACUGUAGGAAGGAGGACACACAGGCGUCUGCAGCAGAAGACACACAGGAGGUGACUUACGCCCAUCUAUGCCAAAAGGUCUUGACAGAGAACAUGGAUCCACUUCCCUCCAGUACCGUUCAGGACACAUCUACACAGACCUGUGUGUAUGCCACCCUCACGUUAUCACAACAGGAGAGUCAGAGCUAGGUGUACAGGUGUUUCUUCAGCAGAGGGUGGCUCCACAAAUGAUGCUUCUCAUGUUUUUCAACUCAAGCUGUUAACACAGAGUACCAACAGACUCAAGCAUGGAGAAACUCAACUGUGAAGGAACUCUGGAGCUCGUAAGCAGUGCUCAGCAAACUUCUGAUUCCUUGUGAUUUGCUCACUCACUGGUGUACCUGUUCACUUAGUAAGACAUGGUUUCCAUCAUCUCAUGAAAGAGGCAAGCAGUACAGUUGGGACUCUUGGUGAUUAGUAUCGCAGAACACCUCAACAGUGAGAUCCUUCACCUUGGCUGUCAAGUUGAUGGGUUUUAGAAUCACCUGGGAGACAUACCUAUAAGUGUGUCUUUUAGAACUGUUCCAGAGAUGCUUACCUGAAGUGGAAAGAUGUACUCUGAAUAUAGGUGAUACUGCUUUAAGGGCUAGGGUCUUAGAUUGAAUAGAAAGAAUGUAAGUCACCACUCACUGACUGAUCUCUCUCUGCUCACUGACUAUGGAUGCAGAAUUACCAGCUGUGUCAUGUUCAUGCCACUCACUGUACCUAGAAGCACUUUUGUCCACUGUAUCUUCACAUCCAUGAUGGAUUACACCUUCAAACUAAGACAAAAUAAGCCUUUGGUAAUGAUUGCUCUCAAUUGUCAACUUGAUGAGAUAUAGCUUCCCAGGAGACAGACCUCUUCACAUGCAUGUGAGUGAUUAUUUUGAUUAGGUUAACUGAGGGUGGAUGACCUGCCCACUGCAUUUCCUGGGUUGGGAUUCAGGACUAUAUAAGAAAAGGAAAUAGGGGGCUGGAGAGAUGGCUCAGUGGUUAAGAGCAUUGCCUGCUCUUCCAAAGGUCCUGAGUUCAAUUCCCGGCAACCACAUGGUGGCUCA